AUGUUCAAGAUGUUCUUAGAAAUAGCCUUUGAGGCGGAACUGGACACAACGGAACACCCAGAACUCGCGGAAAUGGCUCGUGAGAUCUGCCAAGAGCAUCCGGAGACCAGGGCAUCAGCUGUCCAGGAGCUUAGGGAUAUGAUUUACGAGCGUGGCGAGUGCUCGCCGCGUCGGACUGACGAUGAGUUCCUGCUCCGGUUCCUGCGACAACACCGUUUCGUCGUACGGCGCGCGCAUAGACAGUUGGUGCGGUACUGCACAUUUCUCGAGCAGUAUCCCGAGUUGUACAGAGGUGUGGACCUCUGGGGUCUGGCGCGAUUGGGACCAGCGUACGAAGUCUGCAUACUUGACCGCCCGGGCGUCGGCCGCAUCUCCAUACUUAGGUUUGGAGCCUGGGACCCCGACGAACAUCCUGGAAUCUUCUUAGUGCAGGUCGCCUUCGCCAUGACAGAGAUCUGGCUACGACUUCCCAAGUUACAGGUGUUAGGCGGAACGCUUAUCGUCGACUUGGAGAACAUAACCAUGAAACACGUCGCCGCUCUCACGCCCACCAUCGCUUACCAGAUCGUGUGUUUGGUCGGGUUAGCGCUCCCCUGCGCCCCAAACUCAAUCCACAUCAUCAACUACAACUGGCUCUUCCAUACCUUCUUCUUCCUCUUCAAACGGUUCAUCCCCAAGAAGGCCUGGAAGAGAAUCCAUUUCCACAGACACGAUCUCCAGAGCCUCCGUGACAUCAUUGACCCCGAGUGUCUCCCGAUUAGGUAUGGGGGUACAUGCAGGCAUCAUGCGACUAUUGGACAUUGGUUUAAUAAGAUCAGGCAGUACAGAGAUGAAGCUUUCGAUCGGGAGAUGAAGGAGUAUGGUUGGUUAAUAAAGGAGUGA